AUGGCUUCCAUUCCUAGUUCAUCUCGUCAUACAAUAUCUUUUAUGAAUGAUAUUAAACAUGUAUUUAACAAACAAACUCGAGAUUCUCUUGUUAAUUAUACAUCAAAAUCAUCAACAACAUCUUUACAAUAUUCUCAUAUGCGUGUUACUCAACGUCUUCAUCGUUAUCGAUUUAUGAAAAAACAAUGGCAAGAAGUAGCAACAUCUAUUCACAAUCCUUCACUCUUAUCUCCAACAUGUGAAUCUUCAACAUAUACUCAAGAUACAAUGAAAGAUUUACCUAUAACAAUACAAAAACAAAAUACUGAAUCAAAAGGUUAUCGUUUUAAUGAUUAUAUUAUGGCAACAACAGCAGCA